UUGCGCGGUGAUGAAAUUACUCGUCCCGACCGUAGCGCCGAGAACACGUGUGUUUGUGUGUAAUGAUUGUUUAGGUGCUCCGGAAUUUGUUCAAAAUAACAUAAAUCUUGGUAACGAUCGUGGAAAUGGGAGAUGACUUAGGAGACGAAUGGUGGCUGGACGACGCCAAGAAAUCAUCUGAUGAAAGCAGUGAUGAAGAUGAAAAUGCAGUCAAAAGAAAACCAAAAGUUUCAAAGGGAGGUUCAAAAGCAGGGACUAAGGUUGAGAUUUCCAAAGUAUCCCCAACAAAAAGGAAAGCUGAAGAGGACGAGGAGGCCAUGGAGGAGGAGUCAAGCCAGAAGAAAACCAAAAAGAAACGUCGAACAAAGCAAAAGAUCAGCGACUACCUCUCCAAAAGCACACCAAAGCCUGCAACCCAGAGGGAUGUCAUAACAAAGAUAGAGCAACAUUUUCAGGAGAAAUUGUCCCCCAUCGAGCUUGAGGACCUCCAACUGAAUGAAUCCCACUUCCUGUCACCCAAUGAUGCCUCUCUGCCCCUCUCAUCUUACCUGGAGUCUGCCGUCCCCAACUGGAACAGAGACAUCGAAGCUAAGAGACCCAAAGACACCAAGACCUGUCUCUUACUGGUCGUCACAGCGUCUGCCAGGAGAGCAGUGGAUCUGAACAGGGAAGCAGUAGCCUUCAAAGGCAAACAGUGCGUCAGUGCCAAGCUCUUCUCCAAGCACAUGAAGAUCCAGGAUCAAAUCACCUUCCUAACCAAGAACCGCACCCAGUUUGCGGUGGGGACGCCCAACCGACUCGCCGCCCUACUCCAGCAAGACGCACUGAACCUCACCGGGACACGAUACGUCAUCCUGGACUGGAACUGGAGAGAUGUCAAAUACAAGCGCAUGUGCGAUAUCCCUGAACUCAAGACAGACCUGUUUAAGCUAUUUGAGAAGUACGUCAUACCUCAAGCAAGGACAGCAGACAAAUUAAAAAUUGGAAUAUUUUAGCCGGAAAACUUUGAAGCAAGUUUGACGAGCCAUCCAAGGGAGGAGGUUGAGAAAUCAGAAGGAAGUUUUUCCUAUCCAGGGCUGGGCCAUUUUAUAGCGCCAGCUUUUCUUAACACCAAUAAGCCUCACACAGAUUCCUGGAAGAUGUGCAAGUGUACCACAAAAUUUGUGGUGUUUUUGACUUUCAUCAUUAAAAUUAUGAACAAGUAAACAUGGUAUCCUGUGUAAUUUUAUUAAUAAUGAUUUUAUAUACUGUGGGUUUUGUCCUAGGGUGUGGUUUUGUUGAGAGCUUAUUAAGUUCUUUGGUUAGAAAGGAAGAAUAUACUCUGAUUAUUUCGUGCCGAGUGAAUUCUUUACUGGAAUAAACAGUGAUUUGGAGGGUUGAAGAUUGAAA